UUUCAAAUAUGAAUUUCAUGCUUCGUGAAUAACUUGACCAAACAAGUAUGUAGCAAUUCAAAAGAAUGACUCUGAAGUGUCCAUAUGGUAAUUUUAGUGUCCCGUGUGUCACGUUUACCAUUGAGCGUCAUUACUGGGAUGAAUUAAAUGUUUAUUUGACCAUUGAAAACAAACACAUCAGUAUAUACGUUUCAAAAAAUCGUGUAUUUCAGGCUUUGAGAAUCGGGCUUUGUAAGCAUGACGCUGUACACUGAAAUUAAACGUGCGGAUUUUAUUUAAAUGAGAAAAUCAGGUGCAGAAUAUCGUUCUGACUCAGAGAGAUUAGCACUUCUCGAACUGUAGGAGGCGCUGUGACCAUCUUAGUCCAGUAAAUCCACCGGUAAAACCACUGAAGAAGAAAAGACGGUUGGAGGCUUACAGACUCGAUGUUGAUCAUGAAAGCGCAGGUGGAUGUGGUCUGCUGUAAAUCAGUAGGAACUGAUCUGUCCAUGCUGGAUAUUGAGGAUUUCAUCACAGAAAUCUGUCAGCUGAAGAAAGAGGUGGCUUCACUGGAGGCAAAGCUGAGAGAAAGAGGAGACAAACUGUACAGAGAGGAUGUGGAGCAGGUUUGGGUGCGUGAGACUGAUGGGACAGAAGCUCAGGAUUCAGUCUGGAGUGUCAGAGAUCAGAGAUCCAGAGACACACAGGACUCAGAGCUCAGCCUCACUUUACUCUGUUAUACUGACGCUCAGGAUCAUGAAUCCACUGAUCAAACCUCUGACUGUAACGCUGGAGAACAGCAGAUGCUGCAGACGCCGCUGAAGAUGUGCUCCGUCAAACUGGUGGACUGCAGGAACCUGAUCGAGAGCAGAGGAGAAGAAACCACCGCAGAGAAACAACACACUGAUGAGGAGGAGGAGGAGGAGAAUAAUGGGGAGGAUGAUGAUGAUGAUGAUGAUGAUUUCAUUCCUCCAGAUGAUAAAGUCUGUACAUCUUCUGAUGCAGAAACAGAUUUGACAUCAAAAGAGCAGCUGACGGUCAAGAGUUUCUCCUGCAGCACCUGUGGAAAAACACUGAGUUCAGUGGGUCAUUUAGUAAGACAUGAGAGAAAACACACAGAACGAAAAGACUUCACCUGUAGGAGAUGCAAAAUCAGCUUUCCUACCGCAGAAGAGAGGAGACUUCAUUGGAAAGAGCACAGCGGGAAGAAGGAGUUUCACUGUGAACAGUGCGGCAAGGUUUUUUUCAUUCAUUCUAGACUAAAAGUUCACUUGAACAGUCACGGUGAAAAGUCUUUCCACUGCAGCGAAUGUGACAAGUAUUUCAGCACCAAAGGAAGUCUUGAUUCUCAUAAGCGAAUCCACACGGGAGAAAGACCAUACAAGUGUCCUCACUGCGAGAAGAGCUUCAACCAGGGAUCUCAUCUGAAGAAACAUGUGCGUGUUCACACCAAUGAGAGACCGUAUCAGUGCAGUGAAUGUGGCAAAGCCUUUAAAAGCUCAUGCUCUCUAAAGUCACACCAGACCAUCCACUCCGAUGAGAAACCGUUUCAGUGCAAACACUGUGACAAACAAUUCCGUUUGAUUUAUUGUCUGAAAAAUCAUGAGAGGACUCACACCGGAGAGAAACCAUAUCUGUGCUCCUACUGCGGGAAGAGCUAUUCUGAUCAACGUUCUUUUUUUUCUCAUAAGAGAAUCCACACUGGAGAAAAACCAUAUCACUGCAGCAUCUGUGGGAGGAGUUUCAGAAAAAAUAGUAUUUUACAAAAGCACAAGAGGACUCAUACUGGAGAAAGACCGUUCAAAUGCUUUCAGUGUGAAAAGACGUUUUCUCGAUCAGACAUCCUAAAGGUCCAUCAGCGAAUUCAUACAGGAGAGAAACCUUACUCCUGCUCCAUCUGCGAAGGUCGAAGUCCAUUGUUUGUUCACUUUGCCAUAACGUCUCCAAGAACAACUUCCUUUAUAGCAGUGGUCACCAACCUUUUCAAGCCGAAGAUCCCUCACCUUGGCCUUAAUGAACGGCAAGAUCUACCUAUCGAAUAAUAGAUAGAAAAAGACAGCCCAUAUUGUACUUCCAACUUGAUGCCUUUUAUUUAGUAUUUGAAUUUAAUAUACAUUAAAUGUUCUUUUCUUUUUCUUUUUUUACUUAACUCGGAAGCAACCAUCAUAUAAUCAGUUCAUAUGAAGUGGCACUGAACUCAAGAAAAAUGCCAUUGUCAGUAGUAAAAUGCUUAUUCACUGAAGUUUCUGAUGGUACUACCUACCCUUAACAUUUUAUAAAUGAACGGUGCAAACAAAAUUAUCAACAAUCUCAAUUAAGCUAAGUGCAGUUAUGUCCCAUCAUAUGCAACAUCACUUUUCUCAAUGCCACCAGAAGGCAAAACUGCUGAAGUAAUGUUACUCACUCAAGUCAGUGUGAUGGCUGUGACUGAAUACUCUCUGUGAGUCCUCUGAAUUCUGGCUCAUAGCUAGAGACAGCCAGUUUGAGGUCUGUCAGUAAGACGGUUCCUGUAUUUUGAUUUGAUUAUUUUCAUCUGUGAAAAUGCCAUUUCACAGAGGUAAGUUGAUCCAAAAUAGGCACUCACUUUUAGUGCACAUGCAGUAAGGAGCGGAAACUUUUCUCUGUUGACAAGUCCCCAAAGGUCACUGUCCCUUGAUCUGGCUUUCAGCUCAAUGUCAUUUUGCAAAUCAACCAUCUCCAUGUCAACUCCACUUGACAAAGAAAAUACUUGCUGGAAUUUGGCUGCAACCUGUUCUAUAUCAAUGAGCAUGAAUUGGUUUGAGACAAAAUGCAGCAAUGCAUUCCAUUUCGUUUAACUCACCAAAACGCAUAUUGAACUCUGUUGCAACUUUGUCCAGGUGAGCACAGUAUUUCUCAGGGUGAAAAACGCCCUUGUCUUUAAUGCUCUGUGACAUUUUUUCCAGGUUGGGAAAGUGUGUUAGCCUCCCAUUUUUAAGAUGUGUGAUCCAAACAUCAAGCUUAGACUUAAAAGCAUUCACUGCACUGAUCAUGUGAGGCAGGUGUCGGUCUUUUCCCUGGAGCUUGUUAUUGAGUGUAUUCAGCUUUGCGGUCAAGUCUGUCAGAAACCCCAGGUCACACAGCCCCAGGUCACGCAUCAUCUGACAGUUCCUUGUGCUCCUCGUUUCUUGCAGAUAGAAAUGUCUUUAUCUCAGGCAGUAAGUCAACAAACCGCUGGAGCACUUUCCCACGGCUCAACCACCAUGAAGUAGUAGGCCUCUGUACACGGCAUCGAGCUCAUCCAGUAACGCCUUGAAUAAGCGACGCUGAAGUGCUUUUGCACUUAUCGUGUUUAUCAGUUUGACCACCAAUGACUUUCCCUGCUAAGGCCUGCUGAUGAAUGACACAAUGAUAAUUCUUGAAAAUCAGGGUCAUUACGGCACAGUGCUAUAAAACCAAGGCGCACGUCACGCAUCGCAGGUGCUCCGUCUGUGGUAAUUGCUACCAGUUUAUGAAUGGGGAUAUCAUUUUCGCUUACAUAUUUUUUAAACUCGGUGUAAAUAACCUCACCUCGCGUUCUCUCCUUUAAGUGCGAAAGAGUGAGGAAGUCCUCUUUUGUUGUAGAAUCCUGGAAAGCCAUUCUGACAAAAACAACAAGCUGAGCUGUGUCCACUGCAUCCAGAGAUUCGUCGAACUGCAGUGAAAAAUAUUCACAGAGUGACAAGUCCUUUAACACCUGUCGAUCCACGUCCUCUGACAGUGAUUCGACCCUCCUUGCCACUGAUUCAGGACCGAGAGGCACAGCACGGAGUGAGGCUUUUAUGUCGUCUUUGUUUUUGAAAUCCUUGAAAAUAGUCUCUGCAGUAAUGGCCAUGGCUUCCUUGAAUAAUUCGCCAUCCGUAAAAGGCUUUUUGUUUUUAGCCAGAAAGUGACUUACACGAAACGAUGCUUCAGUAGCAGCCUUAUUUUGAUCAGCAGAUUUUGUAAAAAGUGAUUGCUGGGCCUUCAACUCAGAUCUCAGCUCGUCAACUUUCCGUGCACGAAUCGUGCUCUUUUGCGGGUAGCGGUCUUUAAAUUUCGGGUGGUUAGUAUUGUGAUGCCGCUCGAGAUUCCCGCUUUUACAUAAUGCUUGUUUUUGGUGGCACAACAUACAUACACACUUCUCUUUUACCAAGGUAAACAGAAAUUCCUGUUCCCAUUCUGGAUGAAAAUUGUAUGUUUUUGCCUUCUUUCAUGGACCCUCUGCCAUUCUAGUUUGUAGUAUGUUACCUCGCACGGGCUAUCACCAUGGAGAUCCAUAUUGACGUUUGCGACAGUUAAUUUAUGGGUGCUCUUCUUUUAUCUGAUUGGUCACUUCAUUGAAAAUAAAGCAGUUGGAUUAAGAAAUACAGAUGCUUGCAAAACUGAAAACGUUUUUAUUUUCGGGAGCUACCGGGACAGUGAUAAAGAUCUACCGGGUUGGCGACCACUGCUUUAUAGCAACAAAUCUGGCUUUUGAAGUGGACAUUCAAACGAGAAUGCUUUGCUCUCAGUUGUUGAAGCCCUAAUACUGACAAGAGCGGAAUCCAAAUCUUCAACACUUAUCUUGCUUGAUCUGUUAACUACUUUAGACAUGGUUAACGGCCAGAUCCUCCUGUCAAAUCUAUUGGCAAAACGCAUCUCAGGAACCGCACUCCAGUGGUUUGAGUCUUACAUUUACAUUACGUUUAAUCAUUUAGCAGACGCUUUUAUCAAUAGCGACUUACAAAUUAGAACAACAGAAGCUAUCAGACAACAAGAGAACAACAACAGUAUACAAGUGCCACGACAAGUCUCAGUUAGUCUAUUACAGAACACGUAGUCAGGUUUUUUUGUUUUGUUUGUUUUUUAAGAAUAUGAUAGACAAUAAAAGAAAAGGUAAGUGUUAGUAUUAAUUGGUUAAGUGCUGGUGAAAAACAUGAGUGUUUUUUGAAAAUGAGUGAAGAUUGUGAGAGUGAUUUUGAACCUCUUUGGGUGGUACCACACGGUGUCGUCCAUUUGCAGAGCGCAAACUUCUGGAGGGCACAUAAGAUUGAAAUAGUGAGUUUAGGUAUGUUGGUGCCGUGCCAAUGGUCGUCUUGUAGGCGUACCUUGAAUUUGAUGCGAGCGGCUACUGGUAGCCAGUGUAACCCGAUGAAGAAAGGAGUAACGUGAGCUGAUUUUGGCUCCUUGAAGACAACCCUCGCUGCUGCAUUCGGGAUCAGUUGGAAAGGCUUGAUCGUACAUGCAGGAAGGCCCGCUAGGGGAGCAUUACAAUAGUCCAGUCUGGAGAGAACAAAAACUUAAUGUGAUCGUAUUACCUAUCAGAUAGUUCCUUCAAAGUAUCUUGGAGUGGUGAGGUGUCCAAGUCGCAACAUCUAACUACUGGGGUGCCUCAAGGCUCAGUUCUUGGACCACUUCUCUUCUCUGUUUACAU